GGCAGCGGGCGGAAGCGAGCGGGGCCGGGCGGGCGGGGGGCGGCGGGCAGUGCUAGUGGGGCGGCUGCCGCAGCCCCCCGCGUUCCGGCCUGGCCAUGGAUUUCCACAACAUUCUCGUGAUGGCCUCGGAGCAGCAGGGGCUGAACGCCGUGCCGAAAAGGUACAGUUUGGCUGUUGGUCCUCCCAAAAAAGUUCCCAAAGUCAAGGGUGUAGAGUCUGCAGCAGUGCAAGCAUUUCUCAGACGACAAGAAGAGGAAAAGAGAAAAAAAGCACUGGAAGAAAGAAGGAAGAAAGAGCAGCUCUUGGCAAGGCGUAUUGAACUGAAACAUGACAGAAAGGCAAGAGCUAUGGCCUCACGAACAAAGGAUAAUUUUUAUGGCUAUAAUGGUGUUCCUGUUGAAGAGAAGCCUAAAAAGAGGAGGGCUUGUGAGAAUGUUGCUCAGGCCCCAGAGGCUGAGUAUGCAACAGAAGAUGAAACUGAGCAACUCGAAUACAGUCAGACGGAAUCUGAGCACGAGCAAGAAGAAUAUGAAGAGAAACCAUCCAAAGCUGCAGUGAAACCAAAGCCACCUCCCAAAAGUGCACCAGCACCUCUGAACUUUGCAGAGCUCUUGAGGCUUGCUGAAAAGAAACAAUAUGAACCAGUGGAAAUAAAACGAGUGAAAAAGGUAGAAGAGAGGCCCAGAACAGCAGAAGAAUUGAGAGAGAGGGAGUUUUUGGGACGCAAAAACAAAAAAGCAGAAAUGCAUAAGAAAAAUGAGAAGGAGAUUAAGCCUACAGGGAUAUCCAGUUCUUCAAAAAAACUAUCUUCUCAAAAAGCAUCUGUAAACACAAAACUUAACAAAAGCUCAGUAGAUAAGCAUUCCACAUCUAAAAGCAGUCUGUCACUUUCUAUGGGUGGUAUUGAUAAGAAAUCCAAAGCACCAGCAUUGACUGAAAAACACCCACGGUCAUCAUCUUCUUCCAGACUUGAUCAAAUGGAAAAAAACUCACAAAAUGGUUCCUUAAAAAGCUCUACUACUAGUAGUCAUAAUAAAUUACCUGUCAAUGGUAUUAGAAAGUCUGGCUCAAACUCUCACGUGCCACCCUCAAAACCCAUGGCCAAUGGGGCUCAGAAAAUGUCAUCUGCGAAAGAAUCCAGCCUGAAAAAGUCUGCCCACGCAAAACCAGGAAAACCUGCAGCUCUUCAACAUGGAAUCAACUCCAACACAAAAGGAUCUGGCAGCAGCUUAGGAAAAGGAGGACCUGGACAUCCUGGUGGUGGUUCAAGUGCAGGACCGGGGCGAUCAAGCAGCAAUUCUGGCGUGGGACUGGGAAGGCCGGGAAGCGGUUUAAGCUCAGGACCUGGGCGACUGGGCAGCAGCUCAGCUGCAGGACCUGGGAGGCCCAGCAGCAACUCAAGCACAGGGCCUGGGAGACUGGGAGGUGGCUCAGGUGUGGGACCGGGAAGGCCAACGGGCAGUUCGAGCACAGGGCCUGGGCGACCGGGCAGCAGCUCAGGCGUGGGACUUAAGCGACCGGGCGGCAGCUUGGGCACUGGACCGGGAAGGCCAGGCAGCAGCACAAACAUGGGACCAGGGAGACCAGGCAGCAGCCUGGGAACAGGACCAGGAAGGCCAGGAAUCAGUCCAAGCACAGGAGCCAAGCGACCAGGUGGCAGCUUGGGCACUGGCCCAGGGAGGCCGGGCAUCAGCACAAGCGCAGGAUCUGUGCGACCAAGCAGCGGCCCGGGCACAGCUGUGAAACCCAGGUGUACUGUCGUGUCAGAAACCAUUUCUUCUAAAAACCUUGUCACAAGACCUAGCAAUGGACAGAUGAAUGGAAUGAGACCUUUUCCAGGGCAUAGACCUGUGCUUCAUCCACAAGGUCUUGGAAGACCACCUAUUAGUUACAAGAGACAAAUAGAAGAUGAUGAUGAUGAUGAUGAAUAUGACUCUGAAAUGGAUGAUUUCAUUGAAGAUGAAGGGGAACCUCAAGAAGAAAUAUCAAAACAUAUUCGGGAAAUAUUUGGCUAUGACCGGAAAAGGUACAAAGAUGAAAGUGAUUAUGCCUUACGUUAUAUGGAGAGCAGCUGGAGAGAGCAACAGAAAGAAGAAGCUAGGAGCUUGAGACUCGGUGUUCAGGAAGACUUGGAAGAGCUGAGACGGGAAGAAGAAGAACUGAAACGCAAGAGACAGUCCAAGAAGCUGAGGACACGUUAACUGACUUACGGUGUUGACUUUGUUCAUGUUUCUGCUCCCCUCUGCCUCCAUACAUCUCUUAUUCUACUUCAGUUUCCAUUUGCUUGUUAGAGGGCAAAAGAAUAUUUAAAGGGAUUAAAGUACUGAAAAGCAAGGCUUUAGCUUGACCUAAAUAAGAUAUUUAUUUUUAAUACUUGCCAGGGUUGUUUUUUAUGAAGAAAUUAAUGCACUAAUGCAUAUUAAAUGGAAUAAAAUUAAUAGAUGUUUCCAUUGAUUAAACCAGUUCAAAAUGCCAGCAGAAAUAUUGACUAGCUAUGCACUGACUUGGAAUUGUCUGCCACGUACCAGUAAACCAAUUUCGCAUUCACUUGAAAUAAAGGAAUAGCAUUCUUGUUCCCUGAUAUUUCUUGAGACUUGGAGAGAUUGCUCUAUAUCCUGCCCUGUCUCCCAGCCUGAGCCUCAAAGUGUUAAAAUGUUAUCUUCUGUACAGCAGUAGCUUGGGCGUAAAUUCAGCCACAGCCCACCAGUGUUUAAGGCAAUAAAAGUGCUGCAGAUCUUUAGAUUUGAGGACCCAUAAAAAUAAUUUGAACCUCUUUAUUCUAAACAGAAAAGUGCAUGUCAUUUGCAAACUGUGCAGUGAUGGAUAUGGCCAAAAGAUUAUCUUGGCUUUUGCUGUGUCUGGAAUUCCAGUGCCAGUCUAAUUCAGUAUGAGAAACACACACCCUGAAAACAGAAAUGUCUAGUGUUUGUAUGUAACCUGUGCUUUUGGGCUCAAGCAUAUGCUUGGGAAUUCUUCUCCUGCCCUGUAAAUCUUCAGAUUUGUUUAACAGCUUCUGCUGCUUUACAAACUGUGUUUUUUCUUGCAUUAAACAUCCGAUGGCUAAAUUAUUUAAAAUGUGAAGCGGUCAUUUAUCUAAUUAGUUUUACUAUUCAGAAAGAAUAUCAGAAUUAAGUUCUGUUAGAAUGCAUUUGCAGCUUUUCAGUAGUAACAUCAUUUUAACUAAUUAAUACUUGUGAUUGAUUUCAGCAAGCCAAAAACCUAAAAUAGGUAUAGCAGGAGAGUUAGUUCAGUUACUUACCUUAAUGCCCAUAUUUGCACAUUAUUUCUAACUAUGCAUUUAAAGACUGUUUGUUUCAGUAACUGAAUUUGUUUACAAUUAGCACAGGGUUCAUAUAAGUCGACAAGAGUUGCACUGAGACCUGAAGCUCAAAUCUGGUGUUGCAUCUACUUGGAUUUCCCCAAGUUGCCCUUCAAAGCUCACCAGUGUCACUACUCAGCUUUGCCUCAAGCUCCAGGACUCCAUUGGUAGCAUCUGCCUUCAGCUGCUUCAGGCCACUAUGUUUUAAAGCUAAAAAUAGGUUAAAAAGUAGAAAAAGGGCUUUGGGUGUUGGUUGGGGCUAUGCUUAACAGUGCUGCUUCUAGGAAGCAGUUCAGAUAGCAACCUGUAAGGAACAGUCUUGAAAACUGCUGAAGUUUAAACAUCUGAUUCUUAAUGUAAGAAAAAACAGCUUUGCCUUUUUAAGAUGUUUUCUGUCAAUGGUGUACCAUUUCACUGCCUCAGGAAAACACUAAUGUAAGUUCCUGGUAUAGAUUCUCUAUCUCAGUAUUGGCCAACAUGGAGCCCAGGUGAGGAUACCGCUGUUACUUGUCUGUAGUUUUAACUUCCUCUGUUAACUAAUGAAAACUGUUUCUCAGCAUAUGCACUUGAGACCAUGCAAGAUAGGGUAAACUGAGUGUCUAGAAGUGUGUUGUAUUCUCUGCUGCAUUGGGACCAUCUCAAGUUUCCUGUUGGAGAUUUCCUGGUUUCUAGAAUUACCCAUUCAGGACAAUGGACUUUGGGACCAUAAUCAAGUUCUGGGUUUGUACUUUUAUUCUUUUUAGCUGGAGAAAGACUUGAGGUCCAUCAACCCAGACAGCUGUAUCACCUGUGAGCAACUUCAUGCCUGGUUGGGGAGAAAAGUGUCUCUUAUGAAGCAAAAGGAAUACAUUAAGUUGAAAUUGGUUCAUUUGGGAGAGAAAUCUGCAUUUCAGACAAAUACAGGUUAAGUAAAACCUGAUUAUUUCACCACUUUCUCAUUAUUUAACCAUGCAAGAGCAGUUAAACUUCUUAAUCUGUAAAGCACUUUGUCAUUUAGAUGGUGACUGGAAUGUACUCUGCUAGCCUCCCUAAGACACUGUAGAACUUUCUUCACACAGUGAUCAUUGCUUAAGUUUUGUCUAUUUCAUAUGAAAAGUCAUUCAAGGACACAUUUGUAAUUUUACAGUCAAGAAGUACUUUCUCAUAAUUGGCAUGGGAUGCUGAUGGGUUUCCUAUUUUGUACAAAUGUUUGGCUUUUAAUGUGCUUGCAUAUUUGUAUGUCAGCUAGGAAGGAACUAAAGUAGUUUUUUAAUUCCUGACCUUGUAUCCAGAAACCUGUUUACUGUUUGCCAGGUUAAUAGUAUUCAUCUAAUGACAGUAUUUCAGUACUUCCAAAGUGCAUCUGAAUUUGAGGUGAAGAAAAACUGGAAGAAUGCUUACAUUGGUUUAUCAGGAUUGGAUGUUAGCUAAUGAUUUAAUUGUAUUUAAGGAAAUUCUGGUUUGGUUUUUAGAUUUUUAAUUCACUGUUUGACAAUGUGCCUUUUUCCUAAAUUGUGUCAAAACAUAAUGAAUGUAGGAGGAUAAAAAGGUCAGUUUCUGCUAUCUCAGAUUCUAUAUCCUUAAACUUGAGAGUGUGAAAUGACGUACUCUCAUAAAACCCUUCCAGGUCUGGCUUUGAUUGCACAAUUAAGGUAGCUACUUCUUUACUGCUAAUGCUAAAUCAAAUGAAGGGCACUUUCUAUUGAUGACUACUUUUUGAAAAUGUCUUGUAUUUACACUUCAGCUGUAUUUCACUUUACAGCAAUGUCUUUUGGAGGCCAGGGUUUUGCAUAUCACAGGAAGCCUUAGUGUGCAACUCUGUGCUGUGCUUUAAAAUAAAAAUCUUUCAAGAAGUAUAUGAGAUCUCUAUGGAAAUCUGGAUUUAUUUUUGUGUAAAGCCCAAAAUAUUGUCCAGGAAAACGAAUUUUCUAUUUUUUUUUUGCAUUUUGUAAUAUAAUCUAGUAGCUGAUACAUAUUUCUAGAUAUAGCAUAUUUCUGGAGACCAAAACAUGUCAGAAAAUAAAUAUAUUGAGAGACUGGUGUUUUAAUUGUGAUGGAUGUACUUCUAUUUAUUUUGGUGAGUGGGUGUGAUACAAUAUUAAAGUGUUAGUGUGUAAAUAACAGUGCUUCUAGUUUUAGUCAAUGAUUUUUUUCCUUUGGGGAUAUCAUGUGUGCACAGUGUCUUUUUACACAAUGUGACAGAAUCGGGUUAAAAACUCGUACAUAGCUUACCUGCUUUCUGGUGCUGUCAAGGAAGUGUAUAUUUUAGCAGACGCCAAAUGCAUAUAAAUUUUGCAGAGUAUGUAUACAAUAAAUUACAGGCAUUAAAUAUU